GGGUUGCUAAAAUACAUUAUUAAACUGUAUUAGCAUCUGAUAUAGUUUAACAAUGUAUCUUAGCUGAAUUAAAAAUCCUUUUGGGUUGCUAAACUCCAUUAUAAAGCUUUAUCAGAUGGAAAUAGUGUGUGGAAUAUUUUGCUGAGCUCUAAAAGUGCUGUGUUCAGCCUGAGUUGCAUGUUUUCUCUUCGCUGUAAAUUAUAGAUUAGAUAUGUGCACAGAAGUUGUUUCAGACAGUCAGCUUCCUCCGCGGUGUCUCAUGGACUGUACCACACCGUGAGCCUCCCCCUUCCCUCACCCUUGGAGUGGGCCGCUCCCCCUUCUUCACCGCCCGCGUUGGUUGAAGCCAAAACAGAACAUCAUGGCGAUUGAUGUCUCUCCAGAGGUGCUGGGGUUUCUGACAGCCAUUGGACUCUUCAUCAUCCUCAUGACCCUCCUGUUCUGGUACCUCAACAACAAGUUGGCACUAGAGAACCCAGGGAGCCUUCAGUGCCUUGAUGACUUCAGGAAAAACACAGAGCUGCAGGACAAGGCGUACUCCGACGCUGACCUGCAGGGCUCAUCAUCGGACAGCGAGGAUGAACUGAUGGGUCAGUAUCAGGAAGCAGUCAGCCGCUCCCAGGGCCUACGGGGAGGAGCCAAGGCAGCCGCUCCUGUCAAACACGCAGGAGGUUUCAGCUGGGAGAGCCGGCAGAAGUACAGCCCCCUGACCGCUGAUUAUGACGGCUACAGCAGUGAAGCUUCGGCUGACGACGUCAACUGCAUCCAGCGGAUGAGACGAACACCACCACUGGAUGAGCUUCAGCCACCACCCUAUCAGGAUGAGAAUGGCUCUCCACGGAUGUCCUGCACACUGUCUGACCUAGGAGACGCCAAGUGUGAUUUAUCCCACACCAGCGGCAGUCCCCACCUGUCCUUUGGUAAAUGUCCUAGUGAGGGCAGCGACGGUCAUGAGACUGAGAGUUACCUUAACAAGGGCUAUGAAGAGGAUGUACCCAGCGACAGUACCGCCGUCCUUAGCCCAGAGGAUAUGUCAGCCCGAGGAUCAGCAGCGCAGCUCCCUAAAGGUUAUGAACCAGAUCCCAUCGCAAAAUAUGGCACCCUGGAUGUGGUAUUCGACUAUGACUCAGAGGAGCAGCAGUUGGCGGUGACCAUCAUGGCAGUAACAGACCUUCCCACCCACAAACGCACUGGCAACAUCUCCUGGCAGGUCCACCUGGUGCUGCUGCCGACCAAGAAGCAGAGGGCAAAGACAGGAAUCCAGAGAGGCCCGUGCCCCAUCUUCACGGAGACCUUCCGCUUCAGCCACGUUGAGUCAGAGAUGAUCAGCAAUUAUGCCAUCCGAUUCCGCCUCUACAGCAUGCGGCGGAUGAAGAAGGAGAAGGUGCUCGGGGAAAAGGUGUUCUACCUCACCAAGCUCAACCUUCAGGGCAAAAUGUCUGUGCCGGUCAUAUUAGACCCAUGCUGUGCUCUCCCGGGUGGUGAAUCCCAGGUCAGCCUCUCAGAUAUGACAUGCAGCGAAAGCGCCUCAUCAUUCCAGUCAGUAAGUCAGACUUCCACCCCAGAGAUCCUUGUGGGCCUGGUUUACAACGCCACAACAGGACGUCUCUCCGUGGAGGUCAUCAAAGGCAUCCAUUUCAAAAACCUAGCUGCCAACAAGCCACCCAAUGGGCUGUUCUGUUGUCUAAAACACCUGAUAGGUGGACAGGUUUAUAUUAUCAGAGAUACAUACGUUAAGCUGACCUUACUGAACUCCAUGGGCCACGAGAUGUCCAAGUGUAAGACAUCCAUCUGCCGAGGUCAGCCCAACCCAACCUACAAAGAGACAUUUGUCUUCCAGGUAGCUCUUUUCCAGCUAUCAGAUGUCACGCUCAUCCUCUCCGUCUACAACAAGCGCAGCAUGAAGCGUAAGGAGAUGAUUGGCUGGAUUUCACUCGGCCUCAACAGCUCGGGAGAGGAGGAGCUCACCCACUGGACUCAGAUGAAAGAGUCCAAAGGACAGCAGGUUUGCCGCUGGCACAGUUUGCUGGAGUCUUAACAGCAACAGAAGUAUAAGUCGAGAAAGUGCGUAGGGAGUAACUGCACAGAGCAGCCAUUGUCCCAGAUGAGUGAGAAAUUCAGUUGGGAUAGGGGAAAUUGACAGAGCCAUGUGUCAGCACUCAGAGUUGUUCAGCAUAAGCAUUUUCGUGGCGCUGUGUGUAAAGUCAUAUUGACAGCCAGUGAUUAGUAGGAUUGCCUUGUAAUGUCCCUUAGGUUUCUGCAGAUGGCACUCUUUUUUUGUCUAUUGAACUGGUUAAGCCGGGACCUGUUCCAAGAAGCAGGUUCUGGAUAACAUUGAUGAAUAAAUUAUUGUCUGAUAAGUUUAACAUAGCCACACCUCUAGCUCAAACAACUGUGGUCUGGAUUAUCAAUAAUCCUGUCAUAAAGGUCUCAGUUAUGAUUCUUGAGCAAACCCUCAAAACCAACCUCAUUCGUCCCUGCAUUAGUGGAACAAGUUUAUGUCAUGAAUUUAAUGGUUGAGAAAGAAAAAAAUUCCAUUAGAAAAGUGACAAAAUCACUUAUAUGCCAGUCUGUCAUCUGUAAAGUCUAGUACUUCUACUAGUCUUUACAUGGAGUUUGCACCACUAUUGUUAAAAUGGCCCUGAAAACCUGUUUCUGAGCACCAGAUAGAGUUUGAGUGAAGUAUAAAUGAAGUAUAAACUUUUUCUUAGAAACAGUAAAGGCACAGUGGAAUGAAAAAACAAGUUGUAUUCUCCCUGGGCUACUUAAUUCAUUUUUUGCUACAUACUAAAUAUGUGUAAAAAAUGUUGAUUUAAUUAUUAUUGAUUUUUUUAUUUUUUUUUAUUUUAUCAAAAUGCCUCUCAUUGCUCUCCCUGUACAACAGAAAAUAUUUUUAAUGACUCACCCUGCACUCAGGGGAGGUUACAUAAAUAUAUCCAAUCAAAUGAUUUGAGGUAACUACUUAACCCUGCCCAUUAUAUAAAACACUUUUUAGCUAGUUGGUAGCUAACAGAGCAGUAUGACUAUGGGAGUUGUGUGUUUGGUUUUAAAACUGUGAAGUCAAAGAAAUGGUUGAGAUCUAAUUUAUUCUCUUAACCAUCAUCCUCUUCCUCCUGGUCUAACAACGCAGGAGAAGAAGGUGUGUGCGGUGGCUAACAGCGAGUCCUCUGCUGCUCCUUACCUCCAUUUUUCUUUUCAGUUCCGUCCAAGCCACACCCACUUUGGAAAGAUCCAAUCACAUCUAAAGGAUCUGAUUUUAAUUCCUCUAGAAACUAUAUUGUGUUUCACUCAGAAAUAUAUUACAUGAUUGAAGAUAAAGACGCUAUAACUUCAAUUUCACUGUACCUUUAAUUUCAACUGUUGCUUAAUCAUUUAUUACUUAAUAUAAAUAUAUUAUCAUUGAGAGGUACUUUGAAAGCAAGUUUUUAGGGACUUUAAGCAAUUUCAUGUCAUGAAAAACUAUAUUUUCGCAUUAUUGUUCCAGCUAGCUUGCUAAUUGUAGCAGCUGUCGUGUUACAGCAGUAAACGGGUCAGCACCUGAGCCAGAAAACACUUACCCAUGGCAUCACUGCAUGUUUCUACUUAGCUUUUGGGUUUGAAUUUCACCAGAUGUCAGCUGUUUAAGCCAGAGGUGUGGCUACAUGGAGCUAACUACUCCGUUCAUCAUGUAUUAAUCACGAUCAAAUCAUUAUUUCAGGACUAAAAUCAUGAAACGCACCAUUUCUUCCAUCCAGGAAAGACCUAUGGGAAACAAGUUUCAGAAAUUGAAUGUGGAUACAAUUUAGGAUAAAUCACCAUGAUGUAAACGUUGCUAAUUAUUAUUUUGCCAAAAUUUUAUUUGCCAUUUGUUGCGUUCAAACGUGUGCAGGACUCUGUGGGAUGGAUGAACAUUGAAGGAUUUUUUAGGCCUAGGUGAUGAUGGCCUAUGAGAGAACUUAUGGAGAAUAUAUUUGAGGAUUGAGUUGAAAUUACUACACUUUCAUGAAUCCCUGUCUCAGUCGACACUGCCAAGGUAAAUCAUCUCACCAUUGUCUGAGCCUCAACUUAAAGUCAUCAAAAACCACAACUAAAUAAAUUUUAGACACUUUCGUCAAGCAAAUAAAAUUUAUGACAAAUAACCUGACAUCACUGACAGCGACACUGUCAUGGUUGAUGAUGAGAUGAAGCGCAGUAGUGAUCCCUGAGAAGAAAUGAGCAUUUCACAAUGUCAGAUAUUUUUGGAAGCAUUGACAGAUUGAGAUAUGUUAUAUAUAGAAAAGUGUAGUAGUUACUGUGGUGGUUGUAUGAUCUUGAGUUUCCAACCACCAUUCAAAAGUUAUACCGAAUGUCAAAGAUUUUUUUCAAAGAAAUUUCAGACACCUUCUUAUGGAUAUAUCUUGAAUAAAAAUAACUUGGUAACACAUCACAGCAGUCAAGCUAACAGGUGAGAAGAAAAUGUACCUGUUACUCUCUUUUACCUGCUCUGGUGCUAUGUACAUGCUGUGGCUAUACACACACACACACACACACACACACACACAGACACAGACACAGACAGACACAGAAUCCCUUGCCUUAUGCUUUAGUCAGUUCAUAAAUUUCUUUAAGUGGACCCAGUUCAAAGACAGACACAGACACACCCUGAGAGCACACAGACCUGCAUCGGUAAUUACAGAAAACACACACACACACACACACACACACACACACACACACACACACACACACACACACAACACACACACACACACACACACACACACACACACACACACACACACAGUGCAGCACCACUCAACCCCACUGAAGGGAAUUCAGUCUUUAAGAACUGUUUUCAAAGGAGCCUCGGUGUGUAUCAACAAACUCGCAGAACGUCUACAGGAAUGUGGGUUGUAUUUUUAGCUGUGGCCACUUUCUCACUUCAUUUAAUUUACAGACAACAUAAAAUACAUAUACUCUUUACUGUGCCUGUGUUUGUGGUGAAAGCUAGCUUUGUGCAUUGUUUACCAAGUAGAAGUGUGUGUGUGUGCGUGAUGGUUGAAUGGAGAGGUACAGUAAAGGGGGCGUGGGGGGGCUGUGAUAUAGGUAGUUGUUGCAUUUUCUUGUUGGGUGUGACAAUUUUUGACUUUAAUUAUAUUUAGAACAACUCACUUCUUGAUUGUUUGCCAUAUACUUUAUAUACAGUAAAUGUUUUCUUAUCUAUUUUUGUAACAAUAAUGGGGAAGAAAUUGUGUCAAUUGAAUCAAAUAUUAAUCCACUCUGUGAGCAAUACUGUUGUGGAUUGCUACUCUUUAUUAUUUUAGUUUACGUUUUAGAGGAUAAAGUAACACUAUUAUGUCUUAUAGCUCUGGUCCUCUUCACAUCUCCAUUUCUAAAUCCAGAAAGGGACGUGAUGGAGACCAGAAGAGCUCAUGUCAAACCAAUCUGUCGAGACUUUUCAGCUUUGAUGCUUUCUAACAGUGUGAAACAAAAGCACAGCCUUUACAGCACAACAGCGAAACACGCCAUGUGAAAGACUGGCAGUAAGAUCAGUCGUACACACAAAGAAACAUCAUAUGAUUUGUAUCCAGAACAACCAGCUAAGACUGUAAAUCCACUGUUACAUGAUCUAUCAUGUUUGGUGUAAUUUCUUCUCAACUUUUCACAUUUGAUUUGACUCUAGUAAUUUGAUAAACCCACAAAAAGAAGCACACAUCUUAUUAUUAGUGUGAUUGACAUGAAACUUAUUUUUUGAAUGUUAAAACCAGGUCUUGCUACCAAAUAAGGAGGCAAAAAAAGGUCAUAACGACUUCUAUCUUUUUAGCAACUCAAUACCUCCAUCUGAAGUUAUUUAAUAAAAUAAUAAUAAUGAUAAUCUUUAUUUAUAGAGCAUUUUUCUAAACACAUGUCACAAAUAAAUAACACUAAAUAUUGAAUUAAGAAACUUUGAAAUAUAUGGCUUUACUAUAUUCUUAUUUUGGAUUUAAUUUAA